UCCUGACCUCAUGAUCCGCCCAUCUCGGCCUCCCAAAGUGCUGGGAUUACAGGCUUGAGCCACCGCGCCCGGCCGGCACCAGAAAUUCUAGAGGGAGGAAAUCGCAUACUUGAUACAUUAAGAGGAGUCCCCCUCUUGGGAGAGAGGUGGGAGUAGAAGCAGCCAAACUUCAGGGGCCAGACCUAAAAUGUCUUCCACUGUUGUGAGGAGGAAAUAAGGAAGGGCAGUGGGCUGUGAAAACUGGGCUGGUGUCAUGGGUGUGUCACUGUGUAGGGCCUGUACUUUUGAGACAGUGACAAGUUCUUACCCAGGAUGCACAAUACAAGGAAGAAAUUCCUUGAGCUCAGAAAUGCCACAGAUGUAAUCUAGUAUGAGCCUCCCUUUCCCUGAGCUGUAAUUCUCAGACUCCUGGUCUAAGUUCCUUCUCCCAAAUCUCCCAACCCUCCGAAGGAAGUGUGGCUCUCACCUCGAGACUUAAGUGUAGGGGGCCAGAAGUGUAGGGGGCCAGAAGGCCUGAGCCCUAUCCUUGGCUGUGUUGGUAGAGAUGAAAAGGAGAAGGAAAGGAGGUCUUAGGAAGUGAACAGAGCAGCUGGGGGUGCAGGGAGGGGGAGGGGGCUCAGGAGAGGCAGCUGGCAGGCGGGAAGCUGAUCUGGGGGUCUCAAGUUUCUUGACAUCAAUUAGAGCAGCCGGCCUGGGCUCAUUAGUAGCCCGGGGUGCAGGGCUCAUCAAUAAUGAAUUCACCCCACACGCCUUCCCCCCACCCCAGCUGCCUGCAAGGUCACCCGUCCUCUGGCCAGCUGCCGCCCCUUGGUAAGCUUAAGCAACCCCUCUUCUGAGAUCUUCCUAACCCAGAGUCCCUGGGGCUGCGUGGCAGGGUGGACAACAGCUGAGGGCAAAGGGGUCUCUAAAACCAAUCGACCAUGCCUGAUAAUGACUCUUGUUUACUCUCCGAGUCCACCCAGGAGGAGAAAGAAUGGGAAGAGGAAAGGAGGUGCAGGGUCUAAGGAGAAGCAAGGGUUUUUCAUACUGGACUUGACCAGCAUGGUGGCAGGACAGACCCAGAGCAGGAGGACCUCCUCUGAUGGACCCAGAAACCCCAUAUCCUCUCCCAAUGCCAGACUUGGGCAGCAAGGCCAAUCACCUGAGAUCUCUGCCCCACUGAAUCAGAAGGAGACUAAGGCAUUGGCACUCCCAGCAUUCUCUUGCCCUUGAGCUGGAGUGUCUUGGCAGGUCCAUUGAUUGCAAUCUCUUCGCUGAGACCUUCCCUAACGACCCAGGCACUCAGACCCCAGCCAGAACUCAACCUGGGAUCCAUCUUCAACAUCCCAUUUCACCUCAGAGGCCCAGCCCUCAGGCAUCCUGCUCCAAAGCCAGAACAACAAACUAGGACCCACACAAUUUCCGCUGCACUUCCCCCGCCCCCUGCUCAGUCCAUCACUCUGGAGGGAACCUAGCCCUGGCCGCAGUGACACCGUAAACCCAGGAGGCCAGCAGGCAGCAAGAAGAAGGGCGGGAGGAAGCGGGAGGGGCCAGGACGCCCCCUCGCGGAGCCCUGAGUGCCCGGGUCCCCUCCUCCCGUCUUCACCUGCUGAGGGCCCCGCCCCCGCUCCGCCUCGGCCGGCCUCUGCUCCUCCCCGGCUCCUCCCCCCGUACCCCCAGCCCGGCCAGAACGGCCCCCGGGACAGAGCGACGCGGAACCCCGGGCGCCUGGGUCCCCAGCAUGAUCCUUGGCAGCCUGAGCCGGGCAGGGCCCCUGCCUCUGCUACGGCAGCCCCCCAUCAUGCAGCCCCCGCUGGACCUCAAGCAGAUCCUGCCCUUCCCACUCGAGCCGGCCCCUACCCUUGGCCUCUUCAGCAACUACAGCACCAUGGACCCUGUACAGAAGGCUGUGCUCUCCCACACUUUUGGGGGACCCUUGCUCAAGACCAAGCGCCCCGUCAUUUCCUGUAAUGUCUGUCAAAUCCGCUUCAAUUCUCAGAGCCAGGCUGAGGCACACUACAAGGGUAACCGCCACGCCCGACGAGUCAAAGGCAUUGAGGCCGCCAAGACCAGAGGCAGGGAGCCUGGCAUCCGAGAACCUGGAGACCCAGCCCCCCCAGGCAGCACCCCGACAAAUGGGGAUGGUGUAGCACCCCGUCCAGUUUCCAUGGAGAAUGGACUGGGGCCAGCCCCAGGAUCCCCAGAGAAACAGCCUGGCUCCCCAUCCCCUCCCAGCAUUCCGGAGACUGGUCAGGGUGUAACCAAGGGUGAAGGGGGGACUCCAGCCCCAGCUUCCUUGCCUGGGGGUAGCAAGGAAGAGGAGGAGAAAGCCAAGCGGCUGCUCUACUGUGCUCUGUGCAAGGUGGCUGUGAACUCCCUGUCCCAGCUUGAGGCACAUAACAAAGGUACUAAGCACAAGACAAUACUGGAGGCCCGAAGUGGGCUGGGGCCCAUCAAAGCUUACCCUCGGCUGGGGCCUCCCACCCCGGGGGAACCAGAGGCUCCUGCCCAGGACCGAACUUUCCACUGUGAGAUCUGCAAUGUCAAGGUCAACUCGGAGGUCCAACUGAAACAGCACAUCUCCAGCCGGCGGCACCGAGACGGAGUGGCCGGGAAGCCCAACCCACUACUGAGCCGUCACAAGAAGUCUAGGGGCGCCGGGGAGCUGGCGGGCACGCUGACUUUCUCCAAGGAGCUGCCCAAGUCCCUGGCGGGCGGCCUGCUCCCCAGCCCCCUGGCGGUGGCUGCAGUGAUGGCAGCGGCAGCAGGCUCGCCGCUGUCUCUGCGCCCGGCUCCAGCCGCACCUCUUCUCCAGGGACCGCCGAUCACUCACCCUCUGCUUCACCCGGCCCCCGGACCCAUCCGAACUGCGCACGGACCCAUCCUCUUCUCCCCCUACUGACCUCAACCCUGAACCCCUCCCAUUCAACUCCCCACCUCCAGCCGGGACCCAGGCCUCCGGGCUCCCAGCCCUCUCCUCCUCCCGGCACUCCCUAAAUGAUCUCUCCUUCCCCCGCCCACCCCGAGAUACGGGGUUCCAGGAAAGGGGAGGGGUAGCGGGGGAGGGGGGCUUCAGAAGGGGGGGAACACCCCAGAUCUCAGGGAACCCCGCCCCCUGCCUUUCCCUCUCCCCUAGAAAAGGGGGGGCCGUCUCACCCCCGAGCCCCCUUGGAGACACCCCCCCCAAAAGCCAUGUCCAUCCAGCCCUUCCCCCCAAACCUAGCACAAAACGGGGUUCACAAGCCAUGGUGGGGGUCCGGGGGGACAGAAAUGGAUUUUCUUGGCAAUAAGGGGACUCUGGGACUCCGGCCCCCUACCCCAAACUGAAGCGCUUCCGUGAACACCCCCGUCCUCCGUAGGGGGAGGGGAGCAGGCGGGAUCCUGGGUCCCUCAUAAGCACUUUGGUUUUACCGCCUGCAACCUCACUGUGCCCGCCCCGCACCAUGCCCCAGCCCCAGGUCUAGCAGGGCCCAUUGCAGGGGGCAGCACUUGGGGGCAUCUCCGGCACUUGGGUGGGACCAAGGAGAUGCCACCAUAGACCUUUCCCUCGCCUUCUUCCUCCCUAGUCCGGGUUCCAUUCUUUUCACCAGCACCCAUCGCCCAAGGGGUACCGAGGGGGGCAAGGGGUGUCCAGUCCAAGCCCACCCCCGCCUCGCCUUCCGCAAAACUGUGAGCAAAAAGCAAUAGAAGCCUCGCCCCCGCCCCUCCCCUUCCGCAGAAUUCGCAGAGUCUGUAGCCUCCCCGGUCCCAGUUCCUAGACCUCAUGGCUGUCCCCUCCCACCAGUCACCUCCACUGCACAACCCGGGCGGGGGUGUGACACCCCGCCCCCGCCCCCCGACUCCGUGGUUUCCGUAUCGUCAACCCUCAGCCGCCGACCCGGGAGGGGUCCGGCCUACACUGGUCUUCCCCUUCCCAUCAACUCUUUCUGCUUGACAAUGUAGCAACCCCGGCCCCCCACCCACGGUCCUCCCCUUUUUGCUCUCCCUGACAAUAAAGUCUGAAUUUGUUCUGCCCUCCGC